AUGGUAGAGGUGGCGAUCGUUGAGUGGUGGCAUCAGUAUGGUUGGCGAUUCUUGUCACCUAAGCUAUUCCUCGAAGACUCUAGAGCAGAUGCAACCCCGACCGAUGCAUUGCUGAAAUGUCCAAAACACACUCCACAAAUGGAUCAGGUGCCUGAAAUUCUAGACAACUGUCGUGUUGAGCGAAGACGUCCUGUCAAGACAUGUUCAAGUCAGCGUGAAGGAGCGAGGGGUCAUGGCCGUAGAGAAGCUAGGGGUGGUGGUCAAGGUAGAGCCCGGAGUAGAGGGAGAUGGGAAGAGGAUAAGGGUAGCAGUGGAGACGAAGGUGUGAUGGUGGAUCUGAUGGCGGUGACGAUGGGUGGUGACGGAGGUGGUAGUGGAUAUGACAGAGGUGACAGAGGUGGUUAUAGAAGCCAUGGUGGUGGAUGCGAUGGCGGUGAGGGUGGGAGUUGUGGAGCUAAUUUCGGUGGUGGUAGUGAUGAUGGUGAAGGUGGUGGUCAUGGUGGAGGAGGUGAUGGUAGGGGUAGUGGAGGUGAUGUUGGAUGUCUGGGAUGUAUAUGGUUGUGGUGGAUAUGA